UCUUUCCAGGUAAGAACAGGUGAUAAACUUUAAAAUUUCUUCAUUCGAUGUCAGUCGGUGACAUAAAUAUCCUGCGCAGUGCCCUUGAGCUUCACACACCUCUGUCGCGCUCAGCAAAACACAGGAUCUGAUUCCCAAAAUGGUGAGCAUCAAGGCAGUUCUGAUCGUGUGCGUUUUGGUGGCCGCGGUGGCUGUUUCUCCCGCCGAUGCUGUUCCAACGAGACACAGUAGGCCCCGUCCUCAGCCUAAGCCGAGGCCAGGGACGUGCCCAGAUACGAGCGAUAUCUUCUCCAUCUGCGUCGUGACAGAACGCAACUGUUUCUCGGACAGCGAAUGCGGACCCGGCCAGAAGUGCUGUCCGAUAGGCUGCGGGAGAGAGUGCCUGGCUGUGGUUCCUCCUUACGGAAGUGGAAGGUAAAAAGGACAAAUUUCAAGCUGCUGACGUCAUCGCGCAUCACGUUUGACUCAGAAACUUCUUGGGGAGAUCAUUAAUGUGUGAUGAGUCACUGCAAAUAAAAUUGAGUGGCUUAUGA